AUGCCUAAUAAUAAAAUGGACAGGAACAUAAUACUACGUUGUAGCGAACCACUUGUGGAAACUCGGUAUAAUAGUGUUGGUGAAUUUAUUUGGAAACGACUUGAAGAAAUUAACAACGAUAAAAUCUGCAUGAUCGAUGCAGUAACGGAACUUUCCAUAACGAUAGGUGAGUUUAAACAGACGGCCACAGAUAUAGCGGUGGCACUACUGGACCGGGGGGUCAACCAGUCAUCGUUAAUAGCAUUUUACGGCCCAAACUCUAUACAACACGCAAUACUUAGAGUUGCCGUACAAUUAUUGGGUGUGACAUUUAUGCCACUCAGUCCAACAUUUGGCCAGUACGAAGUGAUCGAAAAGGUCAAGUCUGUCGGUGCCGACAUUGUCAUAUGUUCGGUCAACGAUCUUGCUAAAUUUAGCAAAUUAUUAAAUAGUAAUUAUAAUGAUAAGAUUAAAUUAGUAUUGGUAUUUGACGGCAAACACGGCAAAUAUUUGACUUACGAUAGACUUUUUAAAGAAAGUAAAUUUAUAGGCAGAAAUUUGGCUAAAGUUCCCCACUAUGACGUAAAAUCAAGAGACGAAACCCUGUUUUUAAUACACACAUCAGGCACGACGGGUGCGCCGAAAUGCGCUCAGGUGCCACACAGGAUGUUUUUAAAUGAUGUAGAUAUAGACAAUACAAGUGCGUCAAGUAUGGUCAGUUCGUUCUUGUUACCAUUGGGACACAUAUCGGGCACAUUUGCUUUAUUUACGAAAUUGUGUUUGGGCUGCACCAUGGUCAUGUUUUCUGAUUGCAAUGAUGAAUUUAUCGCACAUUCAAUUCAGAAAUAUCGCAUUAAUUGUUUAAGUAUAUCUCCCACUGUGUGCAAACAAAUGGUUGACCAUGGUCUGUUAGAUCAGUACAAUAUGUCUAGUCUAAAAGUGCUGUCUACCGGUGGAGCUGCUUUUCCGGCCGACACUGCCCGAGAGUUCAUUAAAAAGUACGGCUUGAUGUUUAGAGAAUGUACGUUUUUACCAUAUAUUUUAUCAUUUAAAACGCCUUAUGCUAUGACUGAAUAUUGUCGGGUCAGCUAUAAAAUGAGUACAACAGAUUAUGAACCGGGAAAUUGCGGGCAUAUUACACCAGGAACCGAGUUAAAAGUGAUAGAUCUUUCCACGGGCAAUAGUCUAGGUCCGAACAUUGAUGGUGAAAUAUGUAUCCAUGGUGCCAAAAUGAUCACCGGUUAUAGAAACAACGCUAAAGCAUGGGCUGAGGUUGUGGAUAAUAAGGGCUGGUAUCGGACGGGUGAUAUCGGGCAUUACAACGACAAGGAGUGUAUAUUCAUUACGGAUCGUCUGAAAGAAUUGAUGCGUAUAGAAGUGGAUCAGUACUAUAUCAAAAUAUCUCCCGUAGAGAUUGAACAGUAUCUCCAGACCCACCCGUCCAUUGCUGAAGUGGCUGUUGUGGGCGUUAAUAACAAGGUAGGCAUUCAUCGCCCCCGAGCAUAUACUGUGCUGGAAUUUGGACACAGUGUUACUGGUGCUGAGAUUAUAAAAUUUGUUUAUGACUCUCUGGCUCGUACUAAACAAUUGACCGGUGGUGUAGUAUUCGUAGACCAUAUCGUGAAAACAAAGGAAAAGCACUUGUUCUCCUGUCCCGUCAGUCCCCGUUGA